AUGGCAUCAACAACCGCCCAACGCCGCCUCUUCCAAGAAUACAAAGCCCUCUCCAACAACCCGCCCGAAGGAAUCACCGCGGGUCCCGUCUCCGAAGACGACUUGUUGUACUGGGAAGCGCUCAUCCAAGGCCCCGAGGGCACACCCUUUGAAGGCGGCGUGUUUCCCGCCGAGUUGAAAUUCCCAAAGGAUUACCCGCUUGCGCCGCCGAGUAUGCGGUUUUUGGGGGAGGUGUGGCAUCCGAAUGUGUAUCCGUCGGGAUUAGUCUGUAUCUCGAUCCUCCAUCCACCGGGAGACGAUCCAAAUCAUUACGAGCAUGCGAGUGAGCGGUGGAGUCCGAUUCAAUCGGUGGAGAAGAUUCUGAUUAGUGUGAUGAGCAUGCUUGCCGAGCCGAAUGAUGAGAGUCCGGCGAAUGUGGAGGCGGCGAAGAUGUGGAGGGAACGGAGGGGGGAUUAUGAGGAGAAGGUUCGGGAGGGAUGUAGACGGAUGUUGGGACUUUGA